UGAGGGAGUGGGGGAAUACACUUAUUGUGCCGCCUAUCAGAUAGGCACAACCAGUGCCGCCUACCUGACACCCUCCACCGAUCUAAAUGUAUCAUUUUGGUACUUAAUUUUAGCAAUAUAUCAUUUUGGUAUUUUGUUUUUUUUAUUUAUAUUAUUAGAGUAAAAAACCCAAACUAUGAACUUGGGAGAAAUUUAUCCUAAAAAUUAUUUUUUUCCUAGAAAUUGAGUAUACUAGUCGCCGUCGGAGUCCUCGAAGAAGGAAGAAGAAAAUCAAGAAGAAAAUCAAAAAGAAAUCCUAAAAAAGGUUAAAAGCAGAAAGUGUUGCAAGCCUUAAAACUCAAAAACUGAGAUAUAUAGGCUACUUUUGGUCGGGUAUUUUCUGCGUUUCCGGUGCAAUAAGUCAAUCCAAUAAUAAUAACCUUCCUCAGGGAAAGGGGACACCCGAGGGCAUUAGUCACCCGGCUAUUGUCGGAGCUUCAUCCUCUUAUCAUCCAAGCAAUAAUUCCCAACAAGAGGGGGCAGAGAAAGAGAAAGAGAGGCAUGGUAGAUCUCUUCGUAUGGCUUUUUUCUUUCUUCAUCCUCGUUGCCCUCCUCAUUAUCCUCGUUUAUCAGCUCAUAUGCUUGGCUGAUUUAGAGUUUGAUUACAUCAAUCCUUAUGAUUCUUCAUCACGGAUAAACAAAGUGGUGUUGCUGGAAUUUAUCCUGGAAGGAUUUUUAUGUUUUUUCUAUCUACUAACAGGGCAUUGGGUUAUGUCACUGUUAUGUGCUCCAUACCUGUACAACAAUGUCAGACUUUACACUCGGAAACAGCACCUGGUAGAUGUUACAGAGAUAUUUAACUUGCUUCAUUGGGAGAAGAAGAAACGCCUUUUUAAACUUGCCUACGUCGUCGUUCUCCUCUUUUUCGCUGUAUUCUGGAUGAUCUACUCUGCAUUAGAGGAUGAUUAAUGGAAGAUAUAAAGGAAGUGUUUGUGGAUUUAAAUUGCUGCCGUGCAUUGGCAUUCGGCUCUUCAUACACUUUUUUUUUUUGGGGUUUACAAGUUAUUUAUUUAAGCCUUGUUUUUGUUGUAACUGAUAUAUAGCAUCAAUUUCAAAGUUGUAUAAUUGUGAGAAUUUCUAGUUGAUUUUAGUGUUAUAUUAUUUUAUCUGUAAUUCAGUUUGCUAGAAA